AUGUACGGCUCACCGGCUUCCCGACCGCUCUCGUAUGCGCCUACACCGUACACCUACACACCAACCAAUACUCUCUCGGCGCGCAUCAACCUCGACGAGGAGGUGAAGCUUGCCGACACAGCAGCAGAGCGCGACCUCAUUGACUCCUUGGCGGAGAUCUACAGCAUUAUCCGCACGCUGGACGGGCUGGAAAAGGCCUACAUUAAAGAUGCCAUCCCAGAAAACGAGUACUCGGACAUGUGCUCGAAGAUGCUGAAACAAUACCGGUCUAUACUGAAUGACGAGAGUGUGUCUCGUGAGUUUGUCGAUUUGGACACGUUCACGGGGAAAUGGGAUAUCGAAUGUCCGCGCGCGAAGGAGAGACUCAGAGUGGGCUUGACCGCGGAUGAAGUUCUCACUGUGCAGAAGGCCGCGCCAGGCUCUACGGCCCCGGUGGGCACGGCAUCAGGCAGUUUGAUUCUGGCGGCGACGGAGAACUUCAUCACCUUUCUGGAUGCCUUGCGAUUGAACAUGGUCUCUAAGAGCGCGUUACACCCUCUGCUCUCCGAUGUGAUUCAGUCGGUGAACAAAGUGACCGAUCAGGACUUUGAGCAUCGCGGCAAGAUCAUUCAGUGGCUGAUCACGCUCAAUCAAAUGAAGACUUCGGAAGAGCUGAGCGAGGAACAAGCCCGGGACCUGGCCUUUGAUAUGGAACAGGCAUAUAAUGGAUUCAAGUCCAUCAUUCAGUGA